CCUAAUGUGCCCAGACAGACUAACAGACGAGCCCAGGAAACUCACCCAAGCGCCCGCUCACUGCUGAGAGACACCCCUCCGACACCCUCCUGUCCCACGACCCCUGCUCAGUGAUGGAGGUUCCGCUGCUUGUCUUCUUCUGCUCUAUUGCCAUCUCUGCAGCUCUCGACUCUGAAACUGAGAAUAAACAAGCAGAAAAAGACCCUUUUCAUUAUGAUUACCACACUCUCCGGAUUGGCGGCCUUGUGUUUGCUGGAGUUCUCUUUAUCCUGGGGAUCCUUAUCAUUCUAAGCAGAAAAUGUCGCUGUAAAUUCAACCAGCAUCAAAGGACAGGGGAGCCACUUGAAGAAGAGGGAACCCUCCGGGCAUCGAUAAGACGACUGUCUAGUAGAAGACUAUAGACUGGUCUCUGUGAGAACAUGUUCUGUGGUGUGGCCUCUGCUUGGAACCUGAGUGAUUCCCCUGUGCAACUCUCUCACCUGCAGAGGAACAAGAAGAAAAUUGCACCAAAGUAUCCAGUCUACAGAUAGCCAAAGUCAUAAAGACACUCUAUAUGUAUGUAUAUAUAUAUAUAUAUAUAUAUAUAUUGUAUUUUAUUCAAAUGCCAUAUGCUGGUGUUACAGGAGCAUUCAUGCACCUGAGCUACGCUCUGAACCCUAUUGCAGUCUCUCUUAGAAAGGAUUUUAUUAUAAGGUUACUAAAAUGGGGGGUUUUGCUGAACCUUUCCACUCAGUUCUUGACUUGUGGAUUCUACAAGAAUUGACUAAGCCUGUGUGCCACCAUUUUGCCCAUUUCCCUACACUAUAAAUGUGGCCCACUGCAACCUGCUCUGAGUGCCAGUGAGUUAAUCAUGGGAUGUGAGGGAGCUGCAGACAAAAUCCCUAAUUGCCCAAUAGGCACUACAUUUGCCAGUUACUACUAAAAUACACUUUAGAAAUAUAUAAUUUUAGGUUUACCGUGGCAAAGGGGCCCACUCAAUGGCUAACGUCCCCUACGUCUGUGUAAAAUGUCACCGCCAUAUAGAGUGUUUUGUCGCAAGAUCACACCUCUCGACAGGCCACACAAGGGUGGGGAUUCCUGCAUUAACUGGAUGUAAAUGUCUUGAGUAAACUGGGUGUAAAUUGGACAUUCUGUUUUCCAAAGAAGAGCCCUUUUUAAGGUCACAUUGGUGCACUUUUGAUACACUAUCUCCUUUUUUAAUCUUUAAAGUUGCUGUAAAUAAUAAUCAAUGGAAUGGAUCCAUAUCAAUUUGAGAUAAUAUAUAAAUAUGAUAAAAGCUAAAAGAAGUAUAUGUCAGGCUGUGGUGCUAUUGCACAGAACAUUCCCCUAAUCACCAUCACCACUGAAGUUUGGGAAAGGCUCUGCCUAUGAGGCUGCCCAGAAACCCUUGCUGGCAGAGCCCUGCCCAUGCUUUAUUAUGGAGGUUAGGGGCCCAUAUAUUACAAUUUAUUUUAAGUGCCAAAAAAAAUGUGUUGCCAAUUAAACACUGUUGCUUUAAAUAUUGGUAUAAGUUUGACGGCUGCAUUCAUGACUAACAUUAUGAAAACCUGUAGUGCCUUAUAUUAAAUAUUUGUAAUACUUUUUCUUGUUUGUAUUAUUUGUUUAUUUCAUUAUCACAGUGGGAAUCAUUUUUAUAACUGGAAAACUGAACUUAUGACAGACAAUUUAUAUUGUAAUAAACAACUGAAGAAUCUUAUCAAAUUGUUAUAUACAGCAACUAUUCCCCUGUCACAUUUUUCCCUUGAGCAGCCAUUUUGUGCUGUUGAGCUGCUCCCUCACUAACACCUAACAGGACAAAAUGGAGCUUCUAACUGUUACAGGAAGUGUGGGAGGAACAGACACAGGUCUGGCCAUUCAUUGGCUGAUGGUAGCUAGCAAGUAUGUGUGCCCUUGGUUUGUGUGUGAGCGCAGUGCCUCAGUCCAACCAUAGGGACUGACUGUAGUAUUCAUAUUGUCAUUAACUUAUAAUACAUACAGUACUAUUAAAAAAUAUAUGUAAAGGCCUUAUCUUAAACACAUGGACUGUUUAAUUUGAUAUAUGUAUAUAUCUGUGCCCAAUUCUGUGUUCGAAUUAAAGACAAACCAAUCUAUUUGUUUA